GCUGGACCGGUUGUCUCCGGCGCGCACUAUCGCGGGCGCGUAGUAGAUGUCGCUGUUGUCCGUGCUUACGCGGCCGGCCGGCCGGGCUCUGGAGCACGUGACCUGCGAGGAGGCUGCGGCUCAAGGCCAUUUUCAAAUCUCAUUGGCUUGGUUGUCAUGUGGUCGGCAGAGGCAUCCACAAUUACACGGGGAAUGUUUUCCUAGAGAUGUCAGCCUACAAAGGACACAAUCUCUCUUCUUCAAAUUCCUCCCCAAAAUGUCCUUUCCCAACAGCUCUCCUGCUGCUAAUACUUUUUUAGUAGAUUCCUUGAUCAGUGCCUGCAGGAGUGACAGUUUUUAUUCGAGCAGCGCCAGCAUGUACAUGCCACCACCUAGCGCAGACAUGGGGACCUAUGGAAUGCAAACCUGUGGACUGCUCCCGUCUCUGGCCAAAAGAGAAGUGAACCACCAAAAUAUGGGUAUGAAUGUGCAUCCUUAUAUACCUCAAGUAGACAGUUGGACAGACCCGAACAGAUCUUGUCGAAUAGAGCAACCUGUUACACAGCAAGUCCCCACUUGCUCCUUCACCACCAACAUUAAGGAAGAAUCCAAUUGCUGCAUGUAUUCUGAUAAGCGCAACAAACUCAUUUCUGCUGAGGUCCCUUCGUACCAGAGGCUGGUCCCUGAGUCCUGUCCCGUUGAGAACCCCGAGGUUCCUGUCCCUGGAUAUUUUAGACUGAGUCAGACCUACGCCACCGGGAAAACCCAAGAGUACAAUAACAGCCCCGAAGGCAGCUCCACAGUCAUGCUCCAGCUCAACCCUCGCGGCGCGGCCAAGCCGCAGCUCUCGGCCGCCCAGCUGCAGAUGGAAAAGAAGAUGAACGAGCCCGUGAGCGGCCAAGAGCCCACCAAAGUCUCCCAGGUGGAGAGCCCCGAGGCCAAGGGCGGCCUUCCGGAAGAAAGGAGCUGCCUGGCUGAGGUCUCCGUGUCCAGUCCCGAAGUACAGGAGAAGGAAAGCAAAGAGGAAAUCAAGUCUGAUACUCCAACCAGCAAUUGGCUCACUGCAAAGAGUGGCAGAAAGAAGAGGUGCCCUUACACUAAGCACCAAACGCUGGAAUUAGAAAAAGAGUUCUUGUUCAAUAUGUACCUCACCCGCGAGCGCCGCCUAGAGAUCAGUAAGAGCGUUAACCUCACCGACAGGCAGGUCAAGAUUUGGUUUCAAAACCGCCGAAUGAAACUCAAGAAGAUGAGCCGAGAGAACCGGAUCCGAGAACUGACCGCCAACCUCACCUUCUCUUAGGUCCCAGGCCCGUAGGAGGCCAGGAUCGGAGAGGGGGCACCGCGUUCCAGGGCCGAGUGCUGGAGGGCUGGGAAGGUGGAAACAAAACCUUCAUUGCUCUUUGUUUUUUGUUUUGUUUUGUUUUGUUUCCUGCUAGAAUGUGACUUUGGGGUCAUUCUGUUCGUGCUGCAAGUGAUCUGUAAUCCCUAUGAGUAUAUAUAUAUUAAAAAAACUAGCACGUGUAAUUUAUUAUUUUUUUUUCAUCGUAAUGCAGGGUAACUAUUGUGCAUUUUCAUUUGGGUCUUAACUUAUUGGAACUGUAUAGCAUCCAUCAGUUCAUUCAUCCAUCCAGCAAUGUGACUUUUUCAUGUUUUUCCUAAUGCAAAAGGUCUGUGUGUGUGGUUAGUCCAUGAUCUCAUGGCGUUUUGAAUACAUCCAGUACUUAAAAGUACUUAAAUUACAUAUAUAUUUAAAAAAAAAGAUUAAGAAAACCCACAAGCUUUGGGGGGAGGGGGACUAAAAAAGCACAUUACAAUGUAUCUUUUCGCAAAUUAAUUUAGCAAUUGUCCUUGGUGAGAUGGAAUAUUGACGACUUAUGCCUUGUAGCCUUCCCUUGUGGUGCAUCUGUGGUUUGGUAGAAGUACAACAGCAACCUGUCCUUUCUGUGCAUGUUCUGGUCGCAUGUAUAAUGCAAUAAA